GGGGUGGAGCUCCUGGUGUGCGACCUGCUGCUGACUUUAAGGACCAGUUUAUGGCAGCGAGGGGGCGGCAGUAACGGAGAGCCUGGCCCGGCCCCUGGAUCUCAGUUGGCUGGUUUUCAGAGGGACCUCAGCGCGCUCAGGAAGCUCACACAGUGCUACAGACAAGCACAACACAAGGUGUUUCUUCAUGAGACCACAGUGAGGCUAAUGGCCGGUGCCAGUCCCACAAGGACACACCAGCUGCUGGAGCACAACCUCCGACGCAGGACACACAACUCCUACACAGCCGGUGAGUGUGUCCUGGGCGAGAGGGAGAGGGCCCACGCCAUCCUGCUGGCCUGCCGCCACCUGCCCAUGCCCCUGCUAACUCCGCCCGGGCACCGCGCCCGUCUGCUGGCCGAGGCCAAGCGCACCCUGGAGCGGGUGGGAGACCGUCGGUCCCUGCAGGACUGUCAGCAGAUCUUGCUCCGCCUCAGCGGGGGAACAACAAUCGCAGCCUCCUGAACAAACACAUUCAUUUUAACUUCAAACACCCGACUGAUCCACCAACAUGUUCUUCUGUAAUUGUCACAUAUUCACACCCUCAUUCUGAUUAAGGUCCAGGAAUAUGGAUUCAUCUAACUCAGCCUUUAUCCACGCAGCAGCUACACGUCUGCUCCUCUAACUCUCAGUUGCACUGUUGCAGCACAAUCACGCCACCUUCUGGCCAUUAAUGGUACCGUGCCGGCUAACUGCCUCAUUUUAAACGAUGCUUAACAACAAGGGAAAUCAGGUUAAAUAGGCCCCACAGGGAAAAGGGACCAUGAUCUCAUAGCUUAAAUAAAUGCAAUGCAGCAGUGCAUUGAUUAGCUGUAGGAAGCCGAGCUGUACAAUCAUUUUUGGCACACGGUAACUGUGCAAGCUUCUAUUAAGGGCUUCAGUCUAUUCAAGAGUAGACAGCCCAGACCUGUUGAGCAUGGCUGUGCUGCGAGCUGCAGGCAGAGAGUAGCGCGCUCUUAACUGCACAGUGCAGAGUUGUGUCUCUUCUUAUCUACCUCAUAUACAGUACAAUGCCAGCACUGUACUGUUGAGCAACAUAGGAUACUUCAGUCAGUUAUCCUGCAUUUGAAUCAAGUGACCAUUUGAAGUGACGCCUCAAUCCAGAGCAGCGUCAUUCCAAUUAAAAACCUUACGCAGACUGUAGGAUGCAGCAAACAACACAACUAUCGGAACACGACUUGCUGUCGCAAUAAUGACACACAGCUCCUGCUGACAUGUUCCGUUCUGUCUCGCAGGUCAAAGGACACAUUUCUGGAUUCGCAAAAAAACAUCAAGACAACACAGGGAAGCAGUCUCUUGUGGGCAAAUCAGAAAAUACCCAGACACACAGAAAUCCAUUCACACUGCAGGUCAAAGGUUUUUUUUAGAACGUCUCAAUUCUUCCAGCUGUUUUUUAAAUGAACACAUUAAAGGUCCAGUGUGUAAGAUUUAGGUUAAAGGGAUCUAUUGGCAGAAUUGAAUAUUCUAGACUCUGAUAGACUGAUCUGCUCUUCAUCACGUGAAGUCUCCAUCUGGUCAUUAGAUUGGUGGAUGAACCUAUGACCAGUCUUUCCUUCUUUCUUAUCCGUCUUUUUCCUCACCAUUAUAAUAGCGAUACUACCCCCAGCUGUACAAUAUAUAUAUAUAUUGUUUUUUUAUGUUAGGCGGUUUACAGAUUUACGUUUUUACUAUUUCAGGUUCUCCAUAAGGGGAAAACUGAGGCAUUCUAAGAACCUUUGACCAGUAGUGCACAUAAGACAUGAAUAGCAUACUCACAAUGUGAUUGUAUAUAGGUUGUACAUAGGCAGAUAAACAGAAGUAGAAUUCUUACGUACUGCUUGAGAGAAGAAGCACUGUAACACGUAUAAUGUGGCUCUGAAUGGUCACCUGUCUGACCUGGAGAGUCCAAAGUCCUCUCGCCUACCCUUAAACAUGAUUCUCCGUGAGGGAGGAUAUCAGCUGUGGUCAGGUUCAGUUCACUGUGGGUUUCAGCAGGUAACAAAUCCUCAAUACAAGUUCAGGCAGAAUAAUCCGCCUCUCUGCUGUCGAUCUGUGAAAGUCUUCUUUUGAGGCCACAGGCAGAAAUACGCCGCUCACAGCGUCGGGAGGUGUGUCACGGCAUGGUGGGAAAAUUAACUGAAACGCAGCGGUAACGUGAGAAAUUGUAUUUCUCGGAAUACGAUGUCCAUAAAUGAUGUAAAGCUCUCAAGCGAAAAUGGCCUUGAUGUUAUGUAAAAAGUUGAUGAUGUUUCAUUUGAAUUGACGGAGGAGUUUUAGUUUUGUGAAAUCUUUGUCUACUUUGCUUUUUAUUCAGUCGUUCGUUUAUUUUCUGUGCUCUGAUUACCUUAUUUAAUGUUUAUGUAAUAUUAAUAUAAAUGCAUAUUUUUGGUUGUGAAGGGAGCAGUUUUAUCGCAUUUUAUUAUUGUCCUUAUUUUAUGUUGGUAAAAGAAGCUGAGGGUCAGAAACUGUCAGAGGGAGAAUCCUCUACUAGGAAGAUGUGUAUCUAAUUGAAGAAGUAAGGCCUGUGUUUAAAUGAUAGCUUGUUGUUUGUUAAGUAAAAGCAAACACACACUUGUGCUAUUAGAAUUUUCCAGAACUCUUGUCUUCCAGGUCAACUCAAGCUGUCAAUAAGUCCUGUCAGGAGUUUAGCUUUAGUUUUUCCUGACUGGUAAAAAAAAAAGAAAGCAACGCUCAACCAGCCGUUAGCAGGCUGCAGUUACUAUCAUUAUUCUGUUUUGUUUUGUUUGCUUCUUCCCCUCGAUGUAUUUUAUCGUCUGAACUUUUGUGUUAAUUUUGAUGUUUGUUUUAUAAUAAAACAACACAUGAUAGUGGCUGGCAA